AAAUACCCAUCAGAAGUGGUAACUGUCCUUAUAAAAGAAGGAUCAUGCCACUCAAUGCAACAUUUGAACCACCUCUCUAAAUUGUAGCAUGUUCUCUGAUAAUAAACCCUCUAAAUCAUCUCAGGACUCCUCAAUUUCUCAAAUUCGCCACUCCAGCAAUUAAUGGAAAGCAAUGAUUCAUCCACAGGAGGUGCCGGAGGCGGCGGCGGCGGCUCUCAACAACCAAACCUUCCACCAGGGUUCCGGUUCCACCCCACAGAUGAAGAGCUAGUUGUUCACUACCUCAAGAAAAAGACCACUUCUGCUCCUCUCCCUAUGGCGAUUAUUGCAGAAGUUGAUCUUUACAAGUUUGAUCCAUGGGAAUUACCAGCUAAGGCCACGUUUGGUGAACAAGAAUGGUACUUUUUUAGUCCGAGGGACCGGAAGUACCCAAAUGGAACUAGGCCAAACAGGGCAGCAACUUCAGGGUAUUGGAAGGCUACGGGAACUGAUAAGCCAAUAUUAACUUUAGGUGGUACACAGAAAGUUGGGGUAAAAAAAGCCCUGGUCUUCUAUGGUGGUAAGCCUCCUAAAGGGAUCAAAACCAAUUGGAUCAUGCACGAAUACCGGUUAGCUGAUAACAAAGUCAAAAACAAGCCACCAGGAUGUGACUUGGGAAACAAGAAAAACUCCUUGAGGCUUGAUGAUUGGGUGUUAUGUCGAAUAUACAAGAAAAACAACACACAUAGACCAAUAGAUCACGAUAAAGAUGAUUCUAUGGAUGAUAUUCUUGGAUCAAUACCGCCUUCGAUACUGGUUGGUAACCAUCAGAAUGGAACACUUCAUCUUGCUAAAGGCACAAAUUAUGAGACAUUGCUUGACAAUGACCAUAAUUUAUUCGAAGGAAUAAUAAGCAGCAAUGAUGGCAUCAGAAGCAGCAGUUCUAUGUCUCACGUGGCUUCUUUAGUAUCCAAGCCAGAUCACCUACCCAUGCUUCCACUCAAAAGAACACUCCCAUCACUGUAUUGGACCGACGAGGACAUGGCUGUCCCUUCAUCAAGUAAGAGAUUUCAAGGGGAUAUUAAUGGAGAUGAAAGUGUUCUGGGGAAUGAUGGGAAUAGUUCCAUAGUUACUCUUCUCAGUCAACUUCCACAGACAUCUCAAUUGCACCAACAGACAAUGCUGGGGUCUAUGGGAAAUGGAAUUUUUAGGCCACCAUAUCAAAUUCCAGGCAUGAACUGGUACUCUUAAACUAAUCUUAAUUCAUUGGUCUAUGCAUAUAUUAUAUUUAGACCUAUGAAUCCAUUCCCAGUGGAUAAUAUGAAGCAUUCAAAUAGUGAUCAAGUUAUAUACUUGUUUAUAUAGACGGUCGUGGAUUGAUUAGUAGUUGUAUCAGCUUUCCAUUGGGGGUACAUUGAGAUUUUGAUUGUUAGGAAGAGAUUAGAGAGUCAUUCAGUGGCCUCCAGUUUCUCCAAAUGAAACAUGUAGCUGCCAAUUUGAAGCGAGGCCGUAGAUACAAUUCAUAUAGAUGGAGAUAUUUAUAUAUAGUUGCAUAUAUAUUAUGUAAAUGUUUGCUCUUAUUAUAUUGUUAUUCAGGAAGCAAAGAAAAAUAGGAGGUGGGAUCCUGAUAUUAUAGAAAAAUAAAAUUGUUGGUCAGUGAUAUAUAUAUAAAAUUGUUCUGCUUUACGAUUAAACCUUGUAUAUAUGCACAACAGUUUAUAUUUAUUAAAAGUUUCUUAAUUAUUCCAAUAAUAUAUAUUAUUGGUCAUGGUUUGCCUUUGUUGUA